AUGAGCCGACUCGCCUCUUUUCGUGGUCCAUCUGCACCAUCAACUUCGCCAGUCCCAAACCCGCAAUCCCCAUCAAAUAAAAAGAAAUCACGACGCUCCGAUGCCCUCACCGACUCCUCUAAUCUCCAACCACCCUCAUCCCCUUCUCGAUCUGCAACAGAAUCCACGUUCCAUCGCAAAACUCGCGCUUAUCUGUUAGAGUUCAAAGCCAUAGCGAACAGUUGGGAUGAUUUGGUGCUGAUCGACGGUGUAAGAGCGGCGAAGCACUUGGUUGAUGCUAGGACCGAACUCGAAAAUUCGAUCGCGCUCGCUCCAGAUCGGCGGCCCCGCUAUCAUUUAGUCGGCGAGAAACUUGUGCUUGCAGAGAACAAGAUCACAGAGCUCGAGAGUAUCAUCGCUACUUUGGAAAAACACUUUUGGAGGAUGAACAAUAUCAUUGACGGCUUGGAGGCACUCUAUUUCGAGGUGACAAAGGCAAAGGGAUUUCAAUGGGCCGCGAAGGAGCCACUUUGGACUACAUGGUCGCUCGAGAAGUUUGGUACGCACACCGACAGCUUCUUCCUUCACCCCUCCCGGCUUAUUUGUGCAUGCUGCAGUUGUCUCCAUUCCUUCAGUUCUCCCGGCGUACAAUCAGCUCUUCACGAAUGCAAGAUCAUUGUCGAUACUCUUCGAUCACACACCGCGACGUUUGAGGUAUCGAGAGAUGCUAUCGCUAGAUGGGUCGAGCAGCCGUGGCUAGAAGAGUUUGGGUGGGGUGCGAACUGGGAGGAGUUGUGCGCGGCUGAGGUAGAGAAGUGGGAUCCAUAG